UGUAAAACCUGGUUUAUGAGUUGCUUAAACACAAAUAUGCACUAUAUGCUCUUCAAUCACUGUAAGCUGAUAAAGACCACGUACGAUAUUAGGUGCACCCUUUUGAAAGGUGAUACGCCCCAAAACUAAACACUUGGGUUUUGUCUUUACAAGGUGGCUGCACCUGUCAAAAUGGUCAUUGUUUGCCAUGUCAUAUCAGCACAGAUACUGGGCUCCGGUGUAAGAGUGAUGUCAGACUGGGUAUAAAAGUUGUGGCCGUGCCUUUGCCCUCCCAUUUGUGGAUUUAGCCCGUGAUCGUCUAUACCGUAAGACCACCUUUUCAGGAGCCAUACACGAACCUCAGGAAGUGAGAACAGUAAUGGCGUUCCAGUCAAAUGCGAUCAACUCGCAGCCUCAGGUCACUGUCACACAGUACUCCGUGUCGUCCGGAGUAUCAGACUGGAGUUCAAAUGUGUGCGACUGCUGUGAAGACUGUGGCAUCUGUCUUUGUGCAACGUUCAUCCCUUGUAUCCUGGGCUGUAAGGUGGCGCAGGACAACGGGGACAGCUGCUGCCUGCCCUUCCUUCCAGGUGCCAUGAUUGCUCUAAGGACAAGCAUGCGAGGCAGAUACCACAUUGAGGGCUCGGUGUGUGACGACUGGGUAAUCAUGGCCUGCCUGCCUCUGUGUGGACUGUGUCAGAUGGCACGGGAGCAGAAGAGGAGAGGAUAAAAAGAUUGGACGUUGAAUCUAAUUUUCAAAAUACAAAGAAAGAAAAUAUGUGGAAAUUUACUUCCCUUGGUUUGGACACGAUUUCUGUAUUUCAAAUUAAAAUUUUAAAUCUAUUGGCAUGACCAUAAUUAGGUACGGUAUUGCCAAAUGAUGUAGAACAAGGUUUACAAUGUAAGAAUAAUUGCCUGAUAAUAAGACUGAAUUGCCAUUUUGUUUCACUUUAUUAUUCUAUAAUAUAUAUUAUACCUACACCACACACACACUUCGAAAAAAGAGAAUACACAGAGAAUAAGUUCAAUAUUUCAUCAGACCUAAACUUUUACACUGAACACUGAAUAAUAAGUAAAUGUGAUGAAAUAAGUCAUUAUGCAACAAUCCAGUGAAGAAAUGAAGAAGGAAAUGAAGAACAAGGCAUUUUCCCUUACAGUAAAUCAUUUAUAAUGGUGAAUUUACACACGUUAUUUAUUUUGAAAUUAAACUAUACCUGAAUACUG